AUGACUAUGAUUAUUUUAUUCAUAUGGUGUUGAUGUUUUGUGUUUACAUUUGCGUGCGUUGUUCAGUCUUAUAAGUAAGGAGUUAUUUUCAUACAUUUUUGGAAACUGGUUUAUAUCAAACAUAUCAUACAACUUUGUAUAAAUAUCACUGCCCUUGGAUCAUCAUUUAUGUUGCUGUCAUACAUCAAAUGGUAAAGGCUUUCUUUUAUAUCAAAGGCUCAUAAUUUAAAAUGGAAAAUUCAGAGGAAAAUUUGCCAUCAAGUCUGGAGAAACUUCAAAUUAGCCCAAUGAGCUCCCAGAUGUGUGUUCGAAAUUUUAACCCUUUUGGUAAAGUGCACGUGAACGGUCCAGUGGCUCCGGAAUCUGUGUUCCAGUCUAUGUCUCUGACAGGGGCUGCCUGUCCCUCGGGCUCAUGCUUUUGUAACAAGAAGAAAAAACCACAGGGCAGCAUAUUUAUACAGAAGACAAUGUUCAAGCGGCCAGUCUUGCAGAAGAGUCGUCUCGGAAAUCUAAAUCGAAGAGUGCUAAGGGCUCCUAUCUUGAGGCUGAAGGAGAAUCCAUCAAUUAUGAGACCGUUGGACUCUCCGACUGCUCUGACCUCUCACCUAGCCUCUCUUGACCUGUCCGUGUCUCAGGGUAAAGUGUUGGCUCUGGACUCUCAUGAGCUCAGUGAUUUUCGAUCUCUGGUGUCUGUCAGUGUGCCAAAACUGAAUUUAAAGGCGCUUUCCCGUUUUGACGCGAUCAGUUUCAUCGAAUUGAGAACGAAGAGGGACAAACAUUUCAUUGUUGGUCUGCGCACACCUCGUAGACGUACCCAUUCGGACAGCAGCACUCUGCUUGCUCUGCCUUCGUCAGAGAGUUCGGAAUCUGCGACGAACCAGAGACCUCAGGCUUCUUGCUCCAUCCAGGCACGCAUGACUCCUGAUGACACCAAUAUUGAUGAACUCGCUAGCUAUUUUGAUCUUUUCGUUCAUAUCCCCAAGAAAAUGUCACAUAUGGCGGAAAUGAUGUACAUUUAAUGCUUCAAAGGGGAAGUGUUGCUGUGUGCAAUGGAGUGAAUGAUGGAUGGACUUGGGUAUUUACAAUGUAAUAUUUUUAUUAUUUACUUUUUCACUUUCAGCUGUUUUCAAAAUUCAAGAUGAACACCUAAUGCUACAUAAUUUGUUCUAAUGCUACGAUUUGGUACUAAAAUACUUAUUAAAUUAUUGUAUUGCUUAUACUAUACCAAUUAUAAAAUACAUGCUAUAAGAGUAA